AUGUCUUCAGCGAAGUCACAUAUUUCAUCAAGUGCUGUAUCCGACAAUGGGAAGUCAGACGUUGAACCGCCGCCACCCCCUGGCACUGUGCAAGAGCAACCCGGUGUUCUGCAUUUUGGCAACGUCCAACAAUACCAUUCCGGAAUGGGUCAGCCGCCACCUCCAUAUAAUGCAUCAUACAAAUCUGUGCAACAAGUCACCCCCUGGAUCCCUCAGACCAGUCUCGCCCACGGUCAAUGGACGUACAACCUCCCACCGAACUGUAGCAUGGAUGAUGGGCGGAUGAGGAUUUUCGAGGGGCAGAUCACUACCAACAUUCGCGGUGUGGAGACAACCAUGAAUUACGAGAAGUUCCUGGCUCUUGACAAAGACAAUCGAAACGCACUCCUGACCGCUGGUGCACCACAUAGCCAAAUUCCUCCACCACCUCCGCCACCAAUCCCAAUCAAGAGCCCUACGUUGACGUCCCCGGGUUCACAAUCAUCAACGGCCCAGACUCCGGAACCGCCAAAAUGUAUGUCCUGCCAUUUGCCCGCCCACCUCUAUCCAAUGCACGGCCUCACGGUAUGUGGCCGUUGCGCUGCCAUGGACAGCACUCUGGCGAUGGAUAGCAGAUUCGAGAAGAAACCGACCGCUUGA